GACUUGCACAACUCUGAGCAGGGAGGAGGCACUGGGCAGGGCACCUGCAGGUGUGGAGGGGUUUGUAUGGUGAGACUUUCCAGCCAUGAGGCAGAACCGGAGACUGCUUCUCCUAAGAGGCCCAGCUCCUGGCCAGGUACUGACUCACCCCACUUCAAAGGCCUUGGCCUUGGUUCAGCUAUUUAACCUGCUGCGGGAAGCCUGUCACUCUGGAACUCUGCCCAAGGAGAGCUGAGCCCUACCUGCAGACCUGCUCCUCACCUGGGCAGGUACCUCUUCCUCCUCGCCAGUCUACACAAGCUCAAGAGCGGUCCCCAAGGGCCACCAGGGCCCUGCUGCCUGCGGCUUGGCUCAGGGAUGCCCGGCUCCGAGAUGCCUGCUCCCUGUGUCUUUGCUCCUGACAUGGCCGAGCAGGUGCCCCUGUGGCAUCACUACCUGUUGGCCAUCCAGUCACGGGAGUCGCCCCGUGUCCAGGACUACCAGAGAGCAGAGAAUAUCCUGCUUACGGUGCUGGAACGUGCCCAUGCCUUGGACUCCCGCUUCAUUGUUGACUAUUCUCGAGACCUAGAGGCCUUCCAGUUUGCUUUGCGUUCCUCGGAGGACCCACUGGAUGUGGAGGUGCUCCUGGGGGUGGACUCUGAGGCUCUCCUGAUUGAGGAGUCAGAAGCCAGGGAGCCAGGGGAUGGCCCUGCCAUCUGCCGACUGGGUGUCCUCAAGGAGUCAUCUGGCCUGGAGCCAUGGAUGACUGAUGACAUCUUCAGUGUCUCCUCAGAGGACAGAGACAAGUGCAGUGGCCACAUCAUACCCAGUAAAGUCCUGUGUGUCCUCAAAGAUCUUCUGGUGGCUGCCAUUGUACACUGCAAGCACCACAGACUCAUUCCGCCAGGUUCACUGAACGCUGCUAGCUUGAAGGGAGGGCAGAUGCGCCUGUCCCUGCAGGUGUCCAGCGGCUGGAGGAAGAUCCGCUUCAACGUUGUACCUGUGGUGAAGAAGAAGCACAGGGUGCCUGCCUUGGAGGGGGCCCUGCUGAAGCUUGGAUUUCCUGAGGGCGUCUUGAGAAGAAUUGCCAGCCACGGGGUGGACCUGGUACCAGCUAACGCCCAGCAUUGGAGGAUCUCCACUGGCUACCUGCUCAGUCGGCUGCUUGAUGCACUAGGCUCCCUCCCUGGCCACCGCCUGGACAGCCUCUCCAUUCUCGACCGCGUAAACCUAGAGAGCUGGCGAGGUGGCAGCCAGAACCAUGGCCUAACUUUUGACCACCUGAAGACAGUGCUGCUGUGGGCCUCGACGCUGUUCCCAGCACCAGAGGACUGGGCAGACCUGCAGGGCUCAGUGUACCGCCAGCUGGUAGUGCUACUCUGCUGCCUGGCUACCAGGAACCUGCCCCACUUCCUGUACCCGGAGUGCAACUUGCUGCAGGACAGUGGCCUGGACCUUGGCAUCAUCUACCAACAAGUGGAACACUUCGCCAGUCAGCCCGAAGAGUCCUUGCGAAUCCAUGUCACCCACCUGGGCCACAGCCGUCCGCCACGCAUUGACAAUGGUGUCAAGGCCCUCCUGCAGCUCCCUGCCAGUGACCCUACCUACUGGACCACAGCCUACUUUGAUUUUCUGCUAGAUAAGUUCCAGGUCUUUAACAUCCAGGAUAAGGACAGAAUCUCAGCCAUGCAGAACAUCUUCCAGAAGACCAAGACCAUGGGGAGUGAGAACAGCUGAGCUGGACUGGGAGACCCAGUCUCUACCAACCUGCAGAGCUCCCCGGAACUUUUGGGAAAAGAAUGGGGAUCAGGGAUACCUCUUUGAGUGACUGGUGGAGGAACUUAGUCCCCAAGGACUCCUGUUCAAGGGAUCGCUGUGAGAGUCUGAGCACCCAGCACUGGGGAUGUGAGGCAGUUACACGUUCCAGACUGAGCCUGAGGUGAAUGUGUAUCUGCUUCCCAGAAACCCGUUAGUCCAUCCAUGUAUACAGAACAUGUAUAGGCACCAGACAGCACGGGUGUUUGCUCUGCCUGUGCUCCACACGACUCCUUGAGGUUGAAAUACCAUGUGUUCUGUGUUGAACUCAUUAAUGCUCCAGUGUACCGUGUGGAGAGGGUCCCCUACUUUCUGUAUCUCUCAGUGCAAAUAUAGACAUCUAAAGCUAUGAAUGGCUCAUCUGCAAAGGAAUGUUUCGUUUCAAACCUUCUCCACUCUCAGGUAGAGAAUGUUCCCCCAGACAGGCACCCCUGCUCUCCAGAAGAAGGAAUUCCAUAGCUCCCCUUGCCCCAUACCGGUCUCACCUGUUUCUCUGUCACUGGAGGAGCAUUCCCUGUUCCCAGAAUCCUGUGAGUCCCUUCACAUCUUCUCAUUAAAGGCCUUAAGCAGCUUUUCUGGAGCCCAGGGUGCUCUAAAUACCUCACCUCAGAGACGGCUCUUCUCCAUCGUCUUUGGUGACAUUUACUCCUCAGCUUCAGAACUGCAGACUGCACUCCGGGCUCUGGGGAAGGAACCAGGACCCCACAUGUGUACGGGCCAUACAGUGUCCCGGUGUCUUUCAAGGACUAACAGCUUUUGUCAGAGUAACUACACAAUGAGAGCAAGAAGCGGGGGCCUCUGAAAGUCAUAGGACCAGGGCCCGAGCUAUCACUGACACAAGGGAAAUGGCAUGUUGUCUCCAUUGUGGGGCUAAAUAGACCCAGGCCCACCCUGGCCACCUCCUCAGUGAUGAGUGUAAGUCACAAUGGCUCCAUGUAACAGGAAUGAGAGCUGUGACCACAGGAAAGGCCAAGAGGACACUAUAUUUUGGCAUGGUCUUACUAUGUAGCGGUGGCUGGUAUAGAACUCUAUGUUGACCAGGCUAGCCUCAAACUCAUAGAGAUAUCCUUUGCUGCCUCCAGGGUGCAGGUAUUAAAGAUGUGCACCACCA